AUGGACGAGCGCGAUCUUCGGCGUCUGAGCACAUCCAUCAAGGCCGACCCGGAGGACGCUCCACGCCAACCCGCCGCAAUCGACGAAGAGUUCUCGAGACCAAUCACCGACACGGCUCAGAGGAGACAGUCGAUGUCAGCUGUGGGGGAUAACCAUCAGAUGAAGCCAGUACUGAGACCUGAGCCGAUCAAAAUCAAGGCUGAAGAUCCACGACUGCGUAGUCGAGCCUUGAAGCGACCUGAGCAGUCAGAGAGCAAUGUUGAGCAGACAGACGUGAUCCGAGAGCCAGCCAAGCCUUUUGUGGAUGUUCCAUUCCUGCAACGUGGAAAGCCCACAGGGGUCGAGCAGACAGAACCAGCGAAGCUAAGGACCGACUGGUCGCCCGAUCUGGAUCUGGACUGGAACGAGUUACUUGCCGGGAUGUUGGCCAAGACUUCGAAGUCUGCUGCGAGUGAACUGGAGAAACCAUGUGCGGUCUUCGUUGGAUUUCCUGCUCAAUUUGAGAUCCAGGCAGCAGCUUUGACGGCAUGGGCAGAGAAGUAUACUAAGCCUCGUCUUGUGUGUGGUUUCCAAGACUGGGCAGAGUUCGAAGAUUUCACGACUCUGAAGGGACCUAAGCUGCUCUUGUUUCAUGACAGCGAACCUUCAUUUGCGACCCUCAAAGGAAUGGGGAGAGCUCUUCAUCGUGAAGAUGUUGUUUGCUACAAUGUGUCGUGGACGCAGCCAGUUGCAGCUGGCAAGCCGCAUUAUGGUGCCAGCCUUCUGUUCCCACGUGGCGCUGCGACGUUUGUACCCGAAGAAGUCUUUGUCUCUACGCCAGCAGUGGCAUUGACUUUCCUCAAGUGGUAUUGGCGCACUUACAAAGAUCGCAGUGCAACACAAUACAAAUUGAUGCUACGACCCAACAUCCACGACUGGCUUCAGAAACGUAUGAUGGCCUUGGCUAUGGAGGGCAAGUCUGAUGAGGCGGGAAUGUUUGUGGAGAUGGUACAGAUUGUCCAACAACUCUCGCCAGUCGAUGUCACAGUACCAGGAUUCACUGACGUUGGGACAUUCGAUGCACUUGCGUCGAAGUCACGUCUCAUAACGUUCCCUGAAUUUGAGAAUGAGUAUGAUCACAGUGUAAUAGCAAGUGUGGAGAUCAAAGACGUUCAGAAGCGAGACGAGUUCUUGACCGAGCACUUUCUGGCCUUCACCAUAGCUGAAGCCUGCAAAUAUCGGAAAUUCUUGGUGCUGCAUGCUGGCAAUCUCACACAACCUGAAGAGGGCAGACAUGUCAGCUUUCGCACGGCGACGGGAUUCAUGAAUGAGGUUGAACGGAAAGGGAAGAAGUGA